UUAGCACAGUGCCGGCUGCAAAGGUUACCAUUACAAUCGACAUCCCAAAAAGAAAAGGGAUUGAAACAGCACCACUCGUAUCAUGAAGAACUUCGUCGCCAUUUGCGCUCUUGUGUAUACCGUUGCCUUGCAUGCCCCAGAGGCAUCCGCCAUUCAUUCUAUUGGAGGUCACUCCAACUCGUUCCACAAGCAAGACGACUACGGAAACUAUGCUUUCGCUUACAACAUAAAAAAUGGACAUGGCGCCGUAAACGGACGUAAGGAAUCCGGAGGCCACGGAGGUACCGUCGGAUCUUACUAUAUUGGUGAUAUUGACGGACGUCAAAGGAGUGUCCAUUACAUAGCUGACAAGCUUGGAUUUCGCGCGCAGGUCAAGACUAACGAGCCCGGAACUAAGACCUCCUAUGCCGCCGCCGCCACUGUCUAUUCUAGUGCUACCGGCAAAGCUGCUCCGGAUGUAGGACUCUACGGGGCAGCCCACGAAGGCGCCGAAUACUGAGCUCGCUUCCACGACUAAAGAGAAAAAAAAUACUCCUAAAUUCGGAUAGACGCCCUGCAUUCACCAAGAUGCAAUUGAAUUCAUCAGAUAUAAUUCGCUAAAAGUUUAAUCAGUUUUUCACUAUGGUACAUUGCUGCCGUUUUUGAGAGAGAAAAGAAUGAGUCGAAUCUGAACGAAUUUUCAAAGUUGUACAGCCCGCGAUUGUACUCUCCCCACCUCUCCCCCCUAUAAAAGGCGGCAUCCUGUAUAAAUACAGUAGCUGAAGCGUUUACCAACAGAUAAGGCUGAUGAGUGAACCAUCUGUGAUACCUUCGCCGUUGCUCUUUUGCCAAAUGGCGUUCAUGCAAUACCACACAAUGGAAAGUCUUGCUGACUCUUUGACACUUAAACUUUUCUCAUCGUUGGAGCUCCGACCUGUUCGCCAUCUUUUCUUGACCUGCUAUGUUACUUUAGUUAUAUAUUCUAUGAUGCACUAGAUUUUCCAGAACUAGAUAUUUAUUUUUCAAACUAAGGUCUAUUCGAUUGAAAAUAAAUGUUUAUUCUGUACGGUAAAAACUAC